AUGGCCCCCAAACUCUCGGAAGAAGAGAUCGAUGAUCUGAUCUACUUCUCGCGAGCCGGCGAGCUCGCCGAUCUUAAGGAAACGCUCAAAUCCCUGUCGGAGCGCGAAAACGCUUCCAUCGGCGAGGUCAUCAUCGCCGCCAAGGACGAGGGCAAGUCGACCUGCUUGCACAUGGCCGCGGGCAACGGCCACAUCGGCGUCGUCAAGGACCUCAUCGCGGCCCUGGACUCCCGCCCCGCCGACGAGCGCAAGGCCUACGUCGACGCGGCCAAUGAGUUCGGCAACACGGGCCUGCACUGGGCCUGCCUGGGCGGCCACCUCGAGGUCGUCAAGCUGCUCGUGGCGAGCGGCGCGUCGCCGGCCGCGGCCAACGACAAGGACCAGAUCCCGCUAGACUCGGCGCUCUUCAACGGCAAGAGGGAGGUGGCGGACUGGUUCCUGGCGCAGUCGGAGAAGAUGGAGGGCGGCAACCAGGAGGAGGGCCUCAGCGGCGCAGCGGCGGGGGUUGAGAUCGAGGACGACGGCGAGGGGGAGGGGAAGAAGGCCGGAGAGGGCAGCAAAGAUUCAUAA